UCCCCCAAAGUUACGCGGUGUUGCUUUAAAUAGCCGAUAGAGACGAAGCCUUGUAUUUUUAGGGGUUUGGUGGAGGCGUUGCUAUUUCACCUCCUCUCAUUUAAGUGAUUUCAGACAGCUAACUAGCUAGCCAACUGACUAUCCAGCAGUGGUCAAUGAGCAUGUUAUACUAGCACAGAUUACUCGCAGCUCAUAUAUCUGAAUCGGUGGAAAUUUUAUUUAACGUUUGACGACCUAGACAGCAAGCAAAUAUGAUCGGUUGCUAUAGAUAUCGCUACAGAAUAUAGCCUAACUACAAUAUUACGAGUGAGUUCCAGUGUCAAAUGCGGAACCUUAAGUUUCUUAGCUAACUAGCAAGAACCUGACUUGCAGCCGGACUUGGAUCAAGAGACGCUAACUUGCUAACACCAUCGCAGCAACCAUCAUUUGCCUGAGGAUCACGCAUUGAAGUUGGGAGUGCGUGAAGUAGCUAAUGGAUAUUUUAGCUUGCACGUUGCUGAGGCACCCGGAUAGCUCGAACUGAGAGUCUACCCACGUCCUUUUUAUUGUUUUCGCACCACACACCUGCUGUACCAGCCCUUAGAACCCUCACAGUCGACUUCAGUGUAGAUGCCACGGUGAAAACUACAGCACGUUGUGCUCGCUAAGACGGGUGUAACGCAUGAUUCGAGACUGCGAAGAGUCAUGCAAGCGCCACAGCCCCAAUACGACUUCUUCAGCGAGGAAAAUGCUCUGAAAUGGCGGGGACUCUUGGUGCCAUCAUUGAACAAGGUGCUGAAUCAGGUGCACCCGAAGCUGUCGUCCCAGGAGGGCGCGCUGCAGUACAUCGAGGAGCUGAUUCUGCUGCUGCUCAGCAUGCUGUGUCAGGCCCAGCCGCGCAAUGUGCAGGACGUGGAGGAGCGUGUGCAGAAGAGUUUUCCUCACCCCAUCGACAAGUGGGCCAUCGCAGAUGCCCAGGCUGCGAUCGAGAAGAGGAAGAGGAAGAACCCCCUAGCCUUGCCAGUGGAGAAGAUUCACCCUCUCCUUAAGGAGGUGCUUGGAUACAAGAUUGACCACCAGGUGUCGGUUUACAUCGUGGCUGUGCUGGAGUACAUCUCGGCAGACAUUCUGAAGCUGGCGGGGAACUACGUGAGGAACAUUCGGCACUAUGAGAUCUCCCAACAGGACAUCAAAGUGGCCAUGUGUGCCGACAAGGUGCUGAUGGACAUGUUCCACCAGGAAGAGGAGAGCAUCAGUAGCUUCUCCCCGAUGGACGAGGAGCCCCUGGCCUCUGGCGAGCAGACCUACUACGACUUGGUCAAGGCCUUCAUGGCCGAGGUGCGGCAGUACCUGCGGGACCUCAACCUCAUCAUCAAGGUGUUCCAGGAGCCCUUCGAGUCCAACAGCAAGCUCUUCUCUCUCCAUGACGUGGAGAGCAUCUUCAGCCGCAUCACGGACAUCCAGGAGCUGACGGUGAAGCUGCUGGGGCUCAUGGAGGACACGGUGGAGAUGACGGACGAGAGCAGCCCUCACCCGCUGGUGGGCAGCUGCUUUGAGGACCUGGCUGAGGAGCUGGCUUUUGAUCCGUAUGAGUCAUACGCUCAGGAUGUCCUGCACAUGGGGUUUCACGACCACUUCCUGAGUCAGCUGGCCAAGCCAGGAGUUGCGCUGUACCUGGAGUCCAUAGGGGAAGGCUUUAAGGAAGCUGUCCAGUACGUUCUCCCCCGGCUAUUGCUUAACCCUGUGUACCACUGCCUGCACUACUUUGAGAUCCUGAAGCAACUAGAGGAGAAGAGUGAGGAUGAGGAGGACAAGGAGUGUCUGAAGCAGGCCAUCACCGCCCUCCUCAACCUUCAGAGCAGCAUGGAGAGGAUCUGCUCCAGGAGCCUGGCCAAGAGGAGGCUGAGCGAGUCGGCCUGCCGCUUCUACAGCCAGCAGAUGAAGGGCAAGCACCUGGCCAUCAGGAAGAUGAAUGAGAUUCAGCGGAACAUCGACGGGUGGGAGGGCAAGGACAUCGGCCAGUGCUGCAACGAGUUCAUCAUGGAGGGCACGCUGACGCGGGUGGGCGCCAAGCACGAGCGCCACAUCUUCCUCUUCGACGGCCUGAUGGUCUGCUGCAAGCCCAACCACGGGCCGCCGCGGCUGCCGGGCGCCAGCGCCGCCGAGUACCGCCUCAAGGAGAAGUUCCUGAUGCGCAAGGUGCAGAUCAACGACCGCGACGACACGGGCGAGUGCCGGCACGCCUUCGAGGUGGUGCUGCGGGACGGCAGCAGCGUGGUGUUCGCUGCCAAGUCGGCGGAGGAGAAGAGCAGCUGGAUGGCGGCGCUGGUGUCGCUGCAGUACCGCUCCACGCUGGAGCGCAUGCUGGACCUGGCCGUGCUGCAGGAGGAGAAGGACGAGCAGGUGCGCCUGCCGCGGCCCGAGCUCUACCGCUUCGCCGAGCCCGACUCGGAGGAGAACGUGGUCUUCGAGGAGAACGUGCAGUCCAAGUCCGGCAUCCCCAUCAUCAAGGCCGGCACCGUGCUGAAGCUGAUCGAGAGGCUCACCUACCACAUGUACGCAGAUCCGAAUUUCGUGAGGACGUUUCUGACGACGUACCGGUCGUUUUGCAAGCCCCAGGAGCUGCUGGCCCUCCUGGUGGAGCGGUUUGAGAUCCCGGAACCCAAGCCCACGGAGGCUGACCAGAUGGCUAUUGAGAACGGAGACCAGCCCCUCAGUGCUGAGCUGAAGCGCUUCAGGAAGGAGUAUGUGCAGCCGGUCCAGCUCAGGGUCCUCAAUGUGUGUCGCCACUGGGUGGAGCACCACUUCUACGACUUCGAGCGAGACGCGGAGCUGCUGAGGCGGCUGGAGGGCUUCAUCGGGAUGGUCAGAGGUAAAGCCAUGAGGAAGUGGGUGGAGUCCAUCACCAAGAUCAUCCAGAGAAAGAAGCAGGCCCAGGCCAACGGGCCCUGCCACAACAUCACCUUCGAGAGCCCCCCGCCCCCCAUUGAGUGGCAUAUCAGCAAGUCGGGUCAGACCGAGCAGUUUGACCUCAUGACUCUUCACCCCAUUGAGAUUGCCCGCCAGCUGACAUUACUGGAGUCGGACUUCUACAGGGCUGUCCAGCCGUCCGAGCUGGUGGGCAGCGUGUGGACGAAGGAGGACAAGGAGAUAAACUCACCCAACCUCCUGCGAAUGAUCCGCCACACCACCAACCUCACGCUCUGGUUUGAAAAGUGCAUAGUGGAGACAGAAAACCUGGAAGAGAGGGCAGCAGUGGUCGCGCGCAUUAUCGAGAUCCUCCAGGUCUUUCAGGAGCUCAACAACUUCAAUGGUGUGCUGGAGGUGGUCAGCGCAAUGAACUCCUCCCCUGUCUACAGGCUUGACCACACCUUUGAGCAAAUCCCGAGCCGACAGAGGAAGAUCUUGGAGGAGGCGGUGGAAUUGAGCGAAGAUCACUACAAGAAGUACCUGGCCAAACUCAGGUCAAUCAACCCUCCCUGCGUGCCUUUCUUUGGAAUAUAUCUGACAAACAUCUUGAAAACGGAAGAAGGUAAUCCGGACUUUCUCAAGAGACAUGGGAAGGAUUUGAUCAACUUCAGCAAGCGGAGGAAAGUGGCUGAGAUCACCGGGGAGAUCCAGCAGUACCAGAACCAGCCCUACUGCUUACAGGUCGAGAACGAAAUUAGAAAGUUCUUUGAGAACUUGAAUCCCAUGGAGGACAAAUCUGAGAAGGAGUUUACAGACUACCUGUUCAACAAAUCUCUGGAGAUUGAGCCUCGCAACGCCAGGUCUUUACCUCGAUUUCCCAAGAGGUACACUUUCCCCCUGAAGUCCCCAGGGGUGCGCCCAUCCGCCUCUCGGACCUGCUCCAUGCGCCACCCGACGCCGCUGCAGAACGAGCCGCGCAAGAUCAGCUACAGCCGCAUCCCCGACAGCGAGACGGAGAGCCUGGCCUCCGCCCCCAACUCCCCCCACACGCCCCUCACCCCACCCGCCUCCGUGGCCUCCAGCACCAACGAGGUCGGCGGCAUCUUCCCCUCCCCCCACGGCCUCCCCAGCCCCUUCCACUCCAACAGUGACUCCGUUUUCGCCCCGGUGUCUGUGCCGCACGGCCCACGGUCUUCCUCGCUUUCCUCCAUUGUGAGCUUCAACAGGAGCACAGAGGAGGUUCCCAUUCCUCCCCCUGUGCCCCCCCGCCGACGCCCAGAAUCCGCCCCCUCAGAGUCCUCUCCCUCCAAGAUGAUAUCGAAGGAUUUGGACAGCCCCCCCGCCGUCCCGCCCCGGCAGCCCACCGCCAGGGCCUACUCCUCGCGGUACUCGCUGUCGGAGCUCCCCGACAGCCCGCCGUCCCUGCCGCCGCGGGAGCCGGUGAGAACGCCGGACGUCUUCUCCAGCUCCCCCCUGCACCUGCAGCCGCCCCCGCAGGGCCGGAGGAACGAGCCCAGCCAGACCUUCUUCCCCCCGUCCCCGUUCAGCCCCCCGCUGCCUCUGACCCCCUCUCCUCUGGGGCCACGCAAGCACCUCCCCUCCCCGCCCCCCUCUCAGGACGGCGUACCCCCGCCUGGCACCGCCGGGCCCCCCGUCCCGCCCCGGCAGAGUACCUCUCAGACCAUCCCGAAACUGCCGCCCAAGACGUACAAAAGGGAGCCCUCGCACCCAUCCAUACAUGGGGAAGGGCCCCCCCUGCUGGAGAACACCCACUCGUCAUAGACUGUACAGAGAGGGGGAGGGGCCCUGGGAGCUGGACACUUAAACACUAAAGACUGUGGGAAAAACACAACCUUAAAACUAAAAGCCAGUCAGGGUUUCACCCCUAAUGUAACCUUGAUUCUUCAGUAAUUGUCUUUUUGUACAUUGAAAACCAAGGAGAUUGUUGCCUACCCUGUUUCAGGGAUUCCAUUUUGUUUGUUUUUGUCAUUGUUUCUGUCCAUUGCCGCGACUUUUAAACUAAUUUCAGUAAACUGGUCAUCGCACAGAGGACCAUUGUUAGCUAGUGCACUCCGAAAUGAGGUGUGUACGUGCUCAAACUAUGCCCUAUUCCACUAAAUAGGGAAACUGCAGAAACAAUAGUCUUUUUCUUUCAAAGAAAAAGGAAUGAAUGUGCACUCACAGUAGGUAUCAUUUUUAAAAAACGCGAAUGUGCAGAAGAGUACAACUUGACCUUGUGGACCAACAGCACGCAGGGAAGGCUGCGAGGCUCCCCACUGGAACACCCUGCCGUUGUGGCACCGCCGUCCACUGAAAGAAGGGACUGGGGGGAUUGCAACCUUGCCAGCGUUUAGACUAUUUUUUGGUGAAUAGCUUGUGCCAGUCUUCUCAGAGUACCAGCCUUAAGGUACCCUGCACACCAAAGAGGUACUUUCACGCUUUCACAAACA